AUGGAAAAUAAAAAUGAACAAGCUAAUCAAAGUAAAGUACAAAAUGCUAUAAAGUCAAACGCAUUAGCAAAAAAAGUACCUGAUAAGAUAGAAAGUGUAAAUAAGACAAAUAUACUUAGAUCAGUUGCACUUAUGAAGUUUUUUUUCUUUUGUGGGAUGGCUUCAAUUAUUGGUGCGCAAAAAUUAUCUGGUGGGGGUGCUUCUUCUGGUUUAUUUGAAGGAUUUCGAAAGGUUUUAAACAGUUUAAAAGGGUUGUUUGAAUUUAUUUUGUUUGUAGAUAUGUUCAACUAUCUGACAAUGUUUCUUGGAUUAGAAUCACUAAUAUACAUUUGUGUAGUUGCCACAGGAGUGAAAUUAACACUUGGAUUUUUCUUAUUGAUUUUAGUAUUUAAAGGGUUGUUUAUUUUUGAAAAACCAUUUCUUAUUAUAUUUUUUGUAGGAGUGGUUACAGUUGAUGUUAUGUUUAUUAUUUAUCUUGAUAAAUCAUUUGAAGAAGAUGAAAUAGAAGAAGAAAAUCUGGUAUAA